CUUCACAAAUAAAAACUGUAAACACCGCAUACAACCUGUGUAAAAAUGUGCUCGUAAAAACAAAAGAACAUAAAAUAAGGUAUAAAAAAAUUCUAACGUAAUGUGUUUUCAGCUGUUUCUCAACACAAUCUUUUCAAUAAGAGCACAAGGACAGAGCUAAAGUGUGGGAGCCACUGCUCGAAAGGCCCGACCACCUCUGGUAACCAGUAAGCAGUAAAACUGGGGAGAUGUGCGCCCUUACUGGUACGUUAUGUCAGCAAAUAGCCACUAGAUGGCAGAGUGAAAGACUCUAAUACUCAAUUUCACUUCCGCAACAAAAGCGGAAAUUACGUCAUAGUAUGAGCUGUGUUUACAAUCGACGGUGAAGCGGUUUCUGGAUAAGUAGAAAUAGAAGAAGAAUUGCAUUUGUUAGAGAAGGAAACCUGGAGCUAACCUCUUAUGGCGGAUCCAGCGGUAGUAUCGGGAGGGUCGCUGCCCUCCUGCGGGCGUGGCGCUAAAGCGGCUUCCAGCGCCGCGGAGAACUACCAGCUGGCCCGCCGUCGCACCCUGCAGGUUGUUGUCAGCGCCCUGCUGACCGAGAGCGGCUUUGAGAGCGCAGAGAAGGCCGCGGUGGAGACGCUCACGGAGAUGAUGCAGAGCUAUAUAAGUGAAAUAGGUCGUUGUGCCAAAGCAUACUGUGAACACACGGCCAGGAGCGUCCCAACCCUCUCUGACACGGUGGUCACACUCAUUGAAAUGGGUUUUAAUGUCGACACUCUCCCCGUGUACGCCAAGCGGUCACAGAGGAUGGUCAUUACAGCUCCUCCAGUCACGAACACACCAACAACACCUAAAUCCCUGUCAGCUGGGCACAAGCGCACUCACCCACCUCAUAUUCCUAGCCACUUCCCAGAGUUUCCGGACCCUCAUACCUACAUCAAAACACCUACAUUCAGAGAGCCUGUGUCCGAGUACCAAGUGGUGAGAGAAAAGGCAGCGAACCAGAGGAGAGACGUAGAACGGGCCCUCACACGCUUCAUGGCCAAAACUGGAGAAACUCAAAGCCUCUUCAAAGACGACGUCACGGCCUUCCCAUUGAUCGCAGCUCGGCCAAGCACCAUCCCAUAUCUGAGCGCCCUCCUGCCCUCGGAGCUGGAACUGCAGUCGCUGGAGGAGACGGACUCCUCUGAGCAGGACGACCAGACCGACAGCGAGAACACAGCUGGAAAUAUGGUGACACUCGUUUUGCAGCUCAUGCUACGGCAGAUGAGGGAGAAGCGGACAGGGAGGGAUUGGUUAGCAGACCUGCCAAACAGAAGAGGAUCCAUGUGUCUCACAAGUUUUUGUCCAAAUAUCAAGAACAGUGGCCAUGCUUGCGACCCUCUAAACAAUCUCAGCAUGCAUUUUGCACAAUCUGCAAUUAUGAUGUGGACAUAAGCCACCAGGGAGCUGCAGGUAAUCAGUAAAUUAGCCCUGGUGAUGUGUGCAGAUGUGCUUUAAGCCAAUGUAAUAUUACAUUCUUGAGAACAGAAACACCUAUUGCAAUUUACAAAAUAAAUAAUUACCAUUAAAUACAUAUAAAUGUUUUUUAUUAAUUUGUAUUGAAAUAAUUUAAUGCAAGUAACUUGUAUGAGCACAAAUAUUAUAUAAUUACACUUUAGAGUUUUACUGUUUAAUAUUAAAAUACAUGAUACUUUGGAGUCAGGUCAAACUAAAAAUGUCUAUAACCUUACUAGUCGGAAUAAGAACUAUGAACAUGUGUGUGUGCGUGUGUGUGUGUGUGCAUGCGUAAAAUU